AUGGCAGCCGUCGAGCUCAUCAUGCCGACGCCUUCGUUUCAACACCACCAGCAACCGUGGCGCCUGCCGUCCAGCGCUCAUGCUCGCCCUCACCACGCCCGCUCUCACUCCUGCAGAGCACCCCAGGGUCUGCCGGGCUCCCCCCUCGACACCGCGACCGACACCGCGACCGACACCGCGGGAAUGUCCCAACAUCACAUCUGCUCUACCACCCCGCCCUCUCCCACCGGCCAUCACCCUCAGCAGGCCGGCCGCCCCAUGUACAUGCCCGCCGUUCUCCGCCGCUGCGACGAGUUUCCCGCUCCCAAGCCGACGAGAUGCCGGACCGCCGGCUCUACCUCGUCCACCGACUCCGAGUCUCCCCUGCGACGGUCCAACAUGGCCAUCUUGAACAACAUACCUGGCCUGGCCAUGCUUGGCCAGCGUCUCUCCCGUCGCUCUCCCGCCGAGGCCGACAAGACGCUGCUGGAGGGGGAAUGGAAGCUGGACGCUUUUCCCCAAGUCACGGGCAUGCCCACCCGCUUGCACUGGAAGCCCGACCCCGAGUCAACCGUCUGCGACGAUCCCUCCUGCAAGCGCACCUUCAACUACCUUGUCAGACGGCACCACUGCCGGAAAUGCGGCAACAUCUUCUGCGACUGGCAUUCCAGCGCCGUCCUCCCCCUCGACCAGGACGCCAAGUUCAACCCCCGCGCCGGGCCCUCGCGCACCUGCAACCACUGCUUCCAGCAGGCCAAGGCCCUGCACAGCAGGAGCAACAGCCAGACCUCGAGCUCGGCCUCGUCCGACGCCCCGCCGCCGACGCCCAUCAACGCGCCCCCAACCCCCGGCGUGACGGCCCCCCACAAGCCCGAGGUGGCCGCCAGCGUCCCGCGCGACUGGAACUGGAGCACCUUUUGA